CAAAGUAGACGAAAAGUGAAAACAUAUCACAAAACUUUAAAAUGCAGUCGCGUAUCUGUACCGUUGCCAUUCCUCAAUUUUCAAGGAAUUUGGUUCGUGCGUUUUCAAAGUCAGCAAAUAAAAUGGCUCCAAUAAAGGUUGGUGACAAACUCCCUUCAAUAGAUCUCUUUGAAGAUUCGCCGGCAAACAAAAUAAAUACCGGGGAUUUGACAUCAAAUAAGAAAGUGAUAAUCUUUGCAGUACCUGGUGCAUUUACGCCUGGCUGCUCCAAGACCCACUUACCAGGGUUUGUGUCUAAUGCUGAUUCGUUGAAAAGUGAUCAAGGCGUUAAUGAAAUCGUUUGCGUUUCUGUAAAUGAUCCAUUUGUUAUGUCCGCUUGGGGUAAAGAACACAAUACUGCCGGUAAAGUCCGUAUGUUGGCUGAUCCUUCCGGCUUAUUUGUUAAGUCUUUAGAACUAACAAUUGACCUACCACCGCUGGGUGGUCUACGUGCAAAACGUUUCUCAAUGGUUGUAGAAAAUGGCGAGGUGAAGGAAUUGAACGUUGAACCCGAUGGCACUGGGCUAAGCUGUUCUUUAGCAAACAACAUUGGAAAACAUUAAAUAUUUUAUAUGUGUUCAGGUACAUAUGUGAAAUGACGUAUAGUUUAAGAUAUUACUGUUACAAGGGAAAAUAUUGCAGUUGCUUGAUCCGUAAAUAAAUAUACAUAUAUACAUACAUAGGAA